CGCAGCUGCAGGGCUCGAGGCGCCGCGUGACCCGUCCGGGGCCGGAGCGGACGCCGGUUCCUCGGCCCUUUUCGCCGGGAACAGCCGGCCUGGGUGGCCCGAGCUGGCGCCUGGCGAGCGGCUGCCUCCCCGGCGGCCUGUCCUCAGCCCGACCCGACCCGGGAGGCCGGGACGCGAGGCUGCAAGGAGCCCUGCCGGGCGGCCGCCACCCGCGGGGCGGGGCGCGGUUUUCGGCCGGUCGCGGAACACGUGAUCAGUAUUUGGGGCCCGCUGCAGCCCUCGUCCACCUUAUAGACGGUUCGGUGCACGUGGGAUUAGAGCCGCCAGGUGCCCGCCACCAUGGCCAUGAACCUUCUGGAGGACUGGUGCCGGGGUAUGGAAGUGGACAUCCACAGGUCCCUGUUGGUCACGGGCAUCCCAGAGGACUGUGGUCAAGCAGAAAUUGAGGAGACCUUGCAUGGGGUCCUCUCCCCGCUGGGCCCGUACUUCGUGCUCAAUAAGAUUUUUCUGAGGGAAGAGAACGCCAAAGCUGCCCUAAUUGAGGUGGGAGAGGGUGUGAGUCUCAGGGCCGUACCCCGGGAGUUCCCAGCAAGGGGGGGCGUCUGGAGAGUGGUUUGUAGAGACCCCACCCAGGAUGCUGAGUUUUUAAAAAAUCUGAAUGAGUUCUUAGAUGCCGAGGGGCGCACGUGGGAGGAUGUGGUCCGCCUGCUCCAGCUCAGCCACCCCCCACGGCCCCAGAAUCAGCGCCCGGAGAACUGGGCAGAAGCUUUGGGGGUGCUCCUGGGGACAGUGGUGCAAAUCGUCUUCUACAUGGAUGCCGAGAUCCGCAGCCGCGAGGAAGUGAGGGCGCAAGAGGUGACUGAUGCCCAGGCCGUAGCAGCUUCAGCUUCAGCAUCACGGAGGAAGGUCAAGAAGGAGCCGGGAUGGGCUGCAGAAGUAGGGUCUGCUUUGAAGACGGAGAAUCCCGACAACUGGCAUGACAUGGAAGACGAAGGUGACCCCCCCAAACCUCUGGUUCGCAGAGCUGGAGCUAAAAGUCGCUCCAGGAGAAAGAAGCAGAAAAAAAAACCCCAGCAAGAGUCAGUGGCCUGGAAGAAACCCAAAGGCCACCAUUCCAAGAGCUCAGCCGCCUUGGAGGAUCCCGAGGCCAAUGGCGCGGAAAAUAUGGAGGUCUCAGAAGCUAUCAGGAGCAACAGAAAGCCCUGUGUGAAGCAGGAGGAGUCGGCUUUGAAGAAGCCUGCGGGCAAAUGUGCCUGGAAGGCUCCCAGCAAGCCAUCCCGUGAUGCCCAGUCAGAAGCUGUGAGUCCUGGAAUUGCUUCCGGGUCAGACCAAGAUGGCGGUCAGGAAGGCCCACCAAAGAAGAAGGCCGUGGGCUGGGCCUUGGCAAAGAGCCCUGCCCCCAUGAGAAAGAAAAAGAAGGUAAGCUUGGGCCCUGUCUCUUACGUCCUUGUCGAUUCGGAAGAUGCCAAGAAAAAACCGAUGAUGGCAAAGAAAGGGCCAGCCGCAAGAGAGGCAUCAGUUCAGAAGGCCCCCCGAGGCCCACAGCCCGCGGAGUUGCCAGCCUCGACCUCCCAGGGCCCAGAGGCCGACCCAGAAGGCUCCCCUCGUGCCUCCAGUGGUGAGAACGACCACAGAAGUCAUUUGGGGUGCGCCGACAAGUGGAUGAGUGGGGAAGAGCCGGAGCGCCGGGUGGGGGCAGGUCAGGGGGUGCAUGAGGAGGACCCCAGUGCAGUGGAAGAGGCAGAUGAGGUUUUAGAGGGCGAGAGCCCUGACCUCCCUCCUAGGAGCCCCUGAAGGCCAACAUGGGGGACACCACGCAGAUCCGCCACCUCUCCUUUGUCGGUGACUGUCGCUGUGGUAGUCUCCAUUCUGCCACUCCGUCUGACCCAGCUCCCUUAAUAAAAACCCAGUGGUUUGGAGUGAUAAUGAUCAAUGGGUCGUCAAGGUAGAUGGCUUUGAAGGUGGAGUUUUCUGGAGGCCUGGUUGGGGGAUAGGAAUGUUCAAGCACUGAAAAGGACCAAGGGAGUGAGAAGAAAACACAAAUUCCACAGGACACGCACUUCCCCUUUUGAGCUCUUCUAAUCCACAGAACCCAGAAAGCUUUGAUUUGGAGGACCACCCGUAGCUGGUUAGUUGAAAGACGUCCAAGGAAGAAGUAUCACGUUGGGAACAAAAGUUUUUUCUUAUUGAGUGAACUUUUGACUCUUAAAGGACCCCGUUUGUAAAGAUGUGGCUCUCAGAGGGGAAGUAUCCGUGGGCUCUUAGGUGAGAGAGAUUAAGGGGGGGAGGUACAUUGCUCUGCUCUUUUCUCUGCCACGCCUGCUUUUGCACCUCCCCUUGACUCACCUUCAGAGGUUAGAGGGUCACUAAGAUUGGGAAAAUUCUAGAACAUUUACCUUUACAUACACAGGCGGGAUCCCUGUUAACAUCCAUCCGUGUUCUGCCUUUCUUCCUCAUUCCCUGCUUUCUGGAUGGCCAGCCAACCUCUGCAUGCAGGGUCUGGCAUAUUCUCCCACCUUCUCUGUGUUUCCAUCAUGGGUAAGUUAAGCUGAGAUCGUCCAAGCGGACCUGCCCGCCUUGCUCCUGCUGGUUUUCAGCUUCCAUCCUCCAGUUAACUGGCCAGAGGGUGAGAAGGUCCCAAGAGUUAGUUUUAGGGGACUUAGGCCUUGACGUACUUGAGCUUUAGAUUCUGUUAAUAAAAGUGGUAUUUGGA